CUCCUUGUAAUGUACGUUGUUGUGGUUGUCUGGGUUGUUCGUUCCAGGUGUUAGUGAUUUUGUUAUCCGUAUUUUUUAUUUAAUUUUUUUUUGUUCAAGUGUUUUUAGAAUAAUAUUUUAGUGAUUUUAAUUCAAUUUUAUACCGUGUUGUUAAUAUUUUUGUUUUGAAAAUACCGCCGAUAUUAUUUUAAACAACGUUUCAUCCAUUCUGUGUUUCGCAAGUCGUAACUUCCAGUACCUGAUUUUUAUUUUAAAAUGAUGACGUAAUUGCCGCAAAUUGUUCGGUUUUCAACCAGUUACCUACCAAAAUUUACCAUGUGUUCGGUUUGAUUCCGCGAGUAUAAAAAUAAGUUAUUUUUUUUUCAAUCAUGCUUGCGAAUUUAAAUUUCGGAAGUGGUGCGUGGCUCUGUUUGAGCAUCGGAUUCUCCUUAAUAUUCAUUUGCGGAGGCGAUGGACUUCAUGGACAGAAUAGAUGCAGUCAAGUUGAAAGCUACACGGCAACUAUUCGAGUUUCCAAACUAGUACCUUACGAAGUGAAGACAUACGUGUGGUGUGUGAAUGUACCUCCUAGAUGCUCCAAGAUCAAAAUCCAAUACAAUGUUGGUUUUGAAGAAAAGACUGUUCCAAAGACUAGAUUGGUAGAAACUUGCUGCGACGGUUACGAAGAAGAUUUUAACAAAGCAUGUAUCCCAAAAUGUAGUCAAAAUUGUAAUAAUCAUGGCAACUGUACCAGUCCUAAUGUGUGUAAAUGUAAUCCUGGUUAUGGUGGAUUCACCUGUAAUAAAACUUGCCCUCUUGGAUUGUUUGGCGAACAAUGUGAGAAACAUUGUGUCUGCGAGAACGACGCCGAUUGCGAUCCGGACACCGGAGAGUGUUUCUGUGCUCCUGGGUAUUCCGGCGAUCGAUGUCAGAAUAAAUGUAAUGCUGGAUAUUACGGCGAGAACUGCAGCAAGAAAUGCGUUUGUCUAAAUGGAGGAGAGUGCAAUCAUGUCACCGGAGAAUGCCAAUGCCGAUCUGGAUACAUGGGACCAUUAUGUGAUCAAAGAUGCCCUGGUGGUAGACUGGGCCACAACUGUACAGUCGAUUGCAAAUGUCAAAAUGGCGGAGAUUGCGAUCCGGAUGGAAGAUGUUUGUGUUCAGAAGGAUGGACGGGUCCUCUUUGCACUGAAACAUGUUCUGCCGGAUACUACGGCAAGAACUGUCGUAGCGUGUGCGAUUGCUUGAACGGAGCGUCUUGCAAUUCGACUACUGGACAGUGCAAUUGCAGACCAGGUUUCAUCGGAACUCAGUGUAAAGAUAUUUGCCCUAAAGGUAAAUGGGGUAAAAACUGCCGUAACAAUUGCACCUGCAUCGGAGAGAAUUACGAGUGUUCUGCUAGCGACGGCGCAUGCUCUUGCGAACCAGGCUGGACCGGUGGCAAAUGUGAUGUUAGGAGAUGUCCCGAUGGUUUAUACGGCGAAGACUGCAGAAAAGAGUGCGAAUGUGUUAUGGAAAAUACGUUGAGUUGUCAUCCUUAUACUGGUAAAUGCAAAUGCAAAGCUGGAUGGGAUGGUAAUACGUGUGUGAGACCUUGUACUUAUUUCACCUUUGGAGAUGGUUGUAGCAAACAGUGUUCGUGUAAUAAAAAUAAUUCGAUGUGUUCACCUACGAAUGGAACUUGUAUUUGUAACCCUGGCUUUAGAGGAGAAACUUGUGACCAAGUGUGCCCCAAAGGCUACUACGGAGAAGAAUGUUCGUUCGAUUGCCGGUGCAAAAAUAACGCUCAAUGUGCGCCUGAGACUGGAGAAUGUAUUUGUACCGAAGGAUGGACUGGACGUUUCUGCGACAGACCCUGUGAAAACCAAAUGUUCGGCGUAAAUUGUUCUCAACCUUGCCAAUGCAAGAAUAACGCCACGUGUAAUCCAAUUACAGGAGAAUGUACUUGCUUACCUGGUUACACUGGUAAAUUCUGCGAAUCGAAAUGUGAUACUGGAAAAUUCGGACGAGGCUGUGCACAAACUUGCGUCUGUGAAAAUGCAAACACUGCAGAUUGCGACGUUGUUACUGGAACUUGUAUUUGUAAAGAACCAUUCCAAGGAGUUAAAUGUGAAACCAAUUGUACGUACGGAUAUUAUGGAGAAGAUUGUGAUCACAAGUGCGAUUGCUCGAAUCACGGUUCUUGCGACAAAGAAACCGGAAAAUGCAACUGCGAAAGGGGAUGGCAAGGUGCAUUUUGUAAUCAACCGUGUGACGCUGGAUCUUAUGGCCAGCAAUGUAAAGAAAAAUGUCCAAAGACUGAUUACGGCAAUAGAACAUGCGAUCAUGUUACCGGAGAAUUCAAAUGCCGUCCAGGAUACACCGGAAUCAUGUGCGAGCAACCUUGUCAGCUGGAAUAUUAUGGUCAAGAUUGCUCGAAACGAUGCCACUGUAAAAAUGGCGGCGAUUGCCAUCACGAAACUGGAGCUUGCCAGUGCAUUCCUGGAUGGUCGGGACUCAGUUGCGGUACACCAUGUAAAGAAGGAUUCUUCGGUAUAAAUUGCAGCCAGCGUUGUAAAUGCCAGAAUGGCGGUAUUUGUCGAGCAAAUGAUGGUGUCUGUAAAUGUCCUCGUGGUUGGAUUGGCACCCAUUGUACUGAGAUUUGCCCCGAAGGAUACUAUGGUGAUCAGUGUAUGCAUCCUUGUACCUGUAAAGAUAAUUUCGUUUGCCAUGCUAUAGAUGGCUGCGUAUGUAAACAUGGAUAUACCGGAGAGAAUUGCGAUAUUCUACAAGAAUCGAGACUCGUUAACGAAAUAGAUACCGCUAAAACUGGUGGUAACAUGCCAUUCCUUUUCGGAAUACUUUUAGCCAUCAUAGCUUGCGGAUUUAUUAUUUUCUGGCUGUAUCAUAAGAGACGAAUGGCCACGUUUAAAGAAGUCUUGGAACAACACGUACGUUACACGAGGGAUACCAGUAUAGAUGGACGUCAUCAUUUCGAUAAUCCGGUCUACUCUAUGAACGCGCCAGACCGAAACGAUAGUUUUAGUAAUAAACUUAAUAAUACUCAGAUAAGAAAUAAUUUAAAUGGUAUUCAUAAAGAAAAUAAUUUAGAUAAGCAAAAAAUAGCUGUGAAUUCCACCUAUGGAUCGGAUACUGAGAGUUGGAUGUACGGUGUUGGACCAAGCAGUUCUACAGCGUGUUCGUCAACCAUAGGAAGAAAAAAUUUCGACGCUGAUUCUGGUAAUCCUAAUUUAUACAACAGUCUUGAAAAUCUAAACCCCGAACAUCUCUACGAAGAUAUCAAAUUCAAAGAAAGCGACCAAUACGAUCAUUUGAACUAUACUCGACCCAGCGGAACGUGGAAACCGCAUUACCAACGGAUGUCUUCAGCGUUGAAAAACGAAGAAGCUGAUUCUACUAGUAGUACUACCAAAGACUCCGAUAAAUUAGACGAAUAAUUUUUUAAGGCGUAUUUUUCUAUUAAUUUUUACGUUGUAUGUGUACUUUUACGUUCCCGGGUUCAUUUCUAAUCAUCUCUCAUCACUUGGCCACGAUGAGAACGCUUUAAACGUGACGAAAUGAAAUACCCAUUUCUCAAAUUUGCCAGCUUUAUUGUAAUUCUCUUUCUUUCGUUGCGCGUUGAUCGCUUUUUUUCACAGUUCUAGUCAAUUAAUCGAUUCUUUCGUCUAGAUGUAGUUUGAUCCAGCUGCGUUGAAUCGAUCGAUUAAUAGGCUUACUACGUAUAUUGUUGUAUUGUAAAUGCCCGGCCCUUUUUUUUUUGGAUCGUUGAGCGAUGUGAUUUUUGCGAAAUAUAAACGAGAUUUUUCGAACUCGAAUCUUCUCAUGAGGAAAAGAUUGAUCUCCUUGAAAUUAAUUUUCAUCAAUAGCAUCUGUAAAAAUAUUGCUUUCGUGAGAAUAUAAAUUACGAACCUGUUACCCGAAUUACGGACACUUUUUACUUGCAAAUUGACUUUGCAACAUUUUUAAAAAACUGAGUUUAUUUUUGUAAUUUUUUCCCUGUAUUUUAAAGUAUACUUAGCUGAUUCAUAUUUACCUAUUUGCUUCUGAAAUUAUUAUAAAUUCUCGUGAGUGAAGUUCCAAUGCUUUUAGCGAGUAUUUGAAUAAUUAUGAUAUUUUCCAUUUAAUUUUUUUUUUUUUUUUUUUUAAAUAUGUAGAUCAUUUUAUUGUAAUCAUCAAUUUUUAAUUUUUUUUUUUUUUUUGAUCAGGACGUAAACGAGAAUUUAUUUUCAUUUUAAUUCCACGUAUGUAUUUAAAUACCACCGGUUGGAUUGUAAUUUAAGUCUUACAAUAUUUUUUCUCAACGAUAAUAAUUUUAAAUCUAUUCCAAAUUUGUUCUCUAGUACCUACAAGUUUUCUGAUUAUAUUGCAAUAAUUUCUAGUCUAAAUUGAGGUCUAAUGUCAGCGGCAUUUUUUUUUUUCAAUUUCAUGCGAGUGUAUGACGUGUUCAUUAUUUUCUAUUUUAAUUGAACGAAAUUAUAUUAACAUCAAUAUCAAUUUUUAUAGAAGUACAUACGCAUUAUUGGCAUUAUUAAUAAGGUGGUGUUCACAAGACUUACCUUGAUGUAAUGUUAUUGUGUGGAGAUGUUUUUAAUCUGUGAAUUUGUAGGUACGUAAGGUACUAUAAAUUGUGCUAUUUUAAUAUUUUACCGGCUUCGUGAGCCUUCUUCCUUUCUUUUCGCUUUCGCAUUUUUUCAAUUUUACAUGUAUUUUGCGAGACGAAUUAUUUUAAAUGAUGAUUUUAGCGUAUGUAUUUUAAAUUAUGUAAUUUUAACUGUGUAUUUUUAUGUCAUUUUGUAAAUGUGUUUUUGUUUUUUUUUUCUUGAUUUUUAAUAUGUUUGUAUCGGAUGAAUAAUCAUUACCUGUGAUUUAUUAUUUAUUAUUAUUAUCGCGGUCUUUUAUAUUCACUAAUUUUUGUACAGUUUUAUUUUUUCGGUAAUAAAAGUUGAUGAAAAAGAAUAAAA